AUGUUUGUACAAGCCCUGGCAGGAUCUGACAUUGGCCCGCCGGGCUCCACUGACUCUGACACGGGCCUGAGCUACAGGAUGAGAGAUAAGAAUCCUGUUUCAGCACAGCACAUUUCUGCCAGAGUGAGUCAUCUAGAAGAAGUCCACCAGAACUCUGUCCGCUGGAGAAAGAGGUUCUCUUUUGUGUGCAAAAUGAGCGCCAACCCAAACACCGGAGUCCUGGAUCCCUGUAUGUGUCGAGUCUCUGUGCGGAAGGAACUCAAAGGAGGAAAAGGAUAUUCAAAGAUGGGCUUCACUGAUCUGAACAUGGCGGAGUUUGCUGGCUCGGGCUCCACCGUGCGCUGCUGUCUGCUGGAGGGAUACGAUACCAGAAACACCCGCCAGGACAACUCCAUCCUAAAGGUGACCAUUGGGAUGAUGCUCUUUUUUGGAGAUCUGUGUUUUAAAACUCCUCCAAGUACCGCCAAAUGUACAUCUGUGGCCGGUCACGACUCUUCCCUACAGCCGGACUGUAAAGGAGAGCGAACAGCUGAAGUCGUUUUACCUCGACUGGCAAAACCAAGACCUUCUAUACUCAGUUCUGGACUUUCUGAGGAAGUGGAUCAAAGUCAAAGUCCUGAUGAAUCCUUCUUCACGGGUCAUUCCCGAAACUCCAGUUAUGCCAGUCAACAGAGCAAGCUAUCAGGCUACAGCACUGAACACUCCUGCUCCUCCAGUCUGUCUGAUUUGGCUCAUCGCAGGAACGCAUCAACAGGCAGUAGCGUGAGCGCAGACGCCCCCUCUGAGAGUGACACCCGCCCUGAAUGCCCUCCUCGACCUCCGCGGCCCAUAUUACCCUCCAACAGACCACCGCGGAGGAAACAAGAUUCAGUGGAAGAUCACCCGUCCUGGGUCAACGACACCCGCUUAGAUGCCGAUGACAUUGUGGAGAAGAUCGUUCAGAGUCAGAACUUCUCUGACAACAGUAAUAAUGAAGACAGUAACCUGCGACUGUUUGUGAGUCGAGACGGAACAACGGCAUUGAGUGGCAUCCAGCUGGGCAACAGGGUCUCUGCUGGUGUGUACGAGCCAGUCGUCAUUGAAAGCCGUUAAAAAUCAACCAGUUCUGUGUUUUCUGUUUUGCACAUCGCCUAAAAACAACUGAGGAAGAAUCACACGAACUGAUGCGUUUCAAUCAUGUUGUCUACAUACACUUGUGUGUGUGUUCUGUCUUGCCUGUUUCUUUGUACACUGAACGUGGUUUCAGAUCUUUAAGUGUUCUCUUGGUUUGUUUUCUGAGUCUCGUUCUGUGUAUGUUCAGUAGUUUUGGUAAACCUCAAGGGACGUUUGAAAUGCGUUCUAAAGGACCUUUAGUUGCCUUAAAGCACUACUAGAGCUGAAGUGUCUCUGUGAAGAUAAAAGAGAUGUUCACCAACCUGCUGGAACAAACCAGAUUAAGAGGGUUUGCUGGUCUUUGCUGGUCUUAAGCUGUUUUUUUCCAGUAGUAAGUAUUUCUUUGGUAUU